AGAUACGUGACCGACACAAAAAAGACGAAAGCGGUACCAGGGACAGGCAAUACCCGGUAGGGGAGCCCCGGUUGAAAAAAGGCAGGGAUUUACGUAAUUGCUUCUUAAUUCUUAUCCGGCCAGUUUCGUUGCAAGGCACCGGGAAAAGGAAACGAAAGAGGAGUUUUCCCGCGAAGAAUGACAGGGGUUAGUCUCGAAGAGUUGAAGAGGAGAAUGGCGGAGUUUGCAAAGGAAAGGGACUGGGAUCAGUUUCAUAGCCCUAGAAAUCUCCUUUUGGCUAUGGUGGGAGAAGUGGGAGAGCUGUCCGAGAUAUUUCAGUGGAAAGGGGAGGUUCCAAGAGGACUGCCUGAUUGGAAAGACGAAGAGAAGCAACACCUGGGUGAAGAACUGUCAGACGUCUUGCUCUACCUUGUCAGGCUUUCUGACAUAUGUGGCGUUGAUCUUGGUGAAGCUGCUCUUCGUAAGAUAGAGCUCAAUGCUCUUAAAUACCCGGUCAAGGGCUCCUCCAAAAAGGAGAAGCUCACGCAAAACAGCGCAGCUGAUGACAACAAUGGUAAUUUUAAUGGCGGUGUUACAGGCAUCAGCAAUAGUGACAGCUAAGGCAGGGAGUGAUGGGGUUUGAUCUUUAUGUCCCCUCUUGACUUAUUUGCACCCUUUUUAGCUUCUCAAAGCCUUCUCUUUUAUUGUUGUUUAUGGGAAAAUGAUUCUCAGAUGUUAUAUUAUAGUGUCUUGUAGUUAUUUUCUUAAGGAUGAUUUGGUGGGGUUGCGUGGAGAUUAAUAGGGGAGAUUAGUGGUUGGGGUUUCAGGUUUGCAUUAGAACGACUUGGGGUGGCGUGCCACUGUGUUCCGUGACACUGUUCUUGGUGCUAUGUGAUUGCUGUUCUUGGUUGGGGUUUCA